AUGAAUGCCUCAUCGACAAUGGGCUCAUCAAAACACCCACGAAUCAAAGGGAUCGCGUCGUUUAAGGAAUACUUGGGCCUAAACAAGGCAAGAAUAUACAACUUGCAACAUCGUAAAAAGCCCGCCGAACUGGUGCGAAAAGAUCUCAUAUCAGCAAUGAAGAUGCCAGACCACGAGAAUUUGAACCGCGACCACUAUCUUCGAAUCCUCGACCCUUGGAGAGAGGAGUGGGAGAAGGGGGUACAAGUUCCCGUCAAUGCCGACGCUUUGCCGCAGGCAAAAAUUAAGCUGCUUGAUACCUGCUGUGACCAGAAAGACGGCCCUUCUACAAGUAAAAGUCCAGUCCAUAAACAAGCGCCGACUAAUGCCGAAUCGACUGACGAUCAUUCCUUCAAGUUGCCCAAACAUUACAUAAAGGACGAAUAUGAAUCUUCAACGCCGACAAAUUUGUAUGAACUUGAUCUUCAGGACAUCUGCUGGCUGGAAACGUUAAAUGCAGAACUGUCGAUUAAAAUUUCUGACACCUUACUGGAAGAUGUGGUGAAUGAGUUGGAGCAGCAUUGCGCAAGAAACAUCAAAGAGCAGCAGAUGGGCAUUGAGUACAACGACCACAUCGUCUGCGACGUCUGUCAAAAUCCUGACGCAGAAGACGAUAAUGAAAUGGUUUUCUGCGAAAACUGCAACAUCUGUGUUCAUCAAGCUUGCUAUGGAAUUGUGGAUAUUCCACUCGGGGACUGGUUUUGCAAUUCUUGUCGAGAUUUGGGUUCAAAGAAGAAUGCCGUAUGUGUUUUGUGUCCAAACGUUGGUGGCGCUAUGAAGCCGACCACCAACUCCAAGUGGUGUCACGUCAGCUGCGCCUUCUGGGUGCCAGAAGUUAAGUUUUUAGAAACACAAUUUCUGGAACCAAUCGAAACUAAAGACAUUCCAAAUUGGCGUUGGGGCUUGAUGUGUUCGCUUUGCAACGUGAAGAAAGGAACACCUAUCUUAUGCGAUACAAGGAAUUGCCGAGCAGCAUAUCACGUGACCUGUGCUUUCAAGCACAAGUUGAAGAUGAAGCUUGUUAUCUCAGACGCCAGCACCAAUGUACUGCUAAAGUCGUAUUGCCCGAAGCAUUCACUAGAUCACCUGCAUACGAAUGUGAAUUCUGCCAAGGAGGUUGAUUUUAUAUCGCGUUCAGUGAGCGACGAGGAGAAGCUUUCUCAUACGAAUCCUCAGUACGAGUUUUGGAAGUAUGUGGAGAUCAGUAAAAUUUACCAAGAGAUUUGCAAGAAAUACCUUUCUGAGAGUGAAACAUCGGAUUCUCUGGUGAAGGACUGCACUAUAACACCCAAAGUGCUGCAGCAAAUAGUCGAUCUGAUACACAACUACUGGAAACUGAAGCGAAUCUCCAACUAUGGCAAUUCUCUCAUCAAGCCCACGUUUGCGCAAAAGUUUGAAGAGGAGAUGCACAUUCAGCACACCAAGCUGAUUGAGUUCCGAUACCACCUCGAGCGAUUACGCACUCUGACGUACAUGGUGACCAAGAGAGAAAGGCUAAAGCAUCGCUUCAUUUCCACACAGAAGGAAGUGUUUGAGAAUGCCUGCAAAGUGUUUCUCGGUGUCGAUCUUUCAGCACCUGCGUCCACUACCACCACCAGUUCAACUAGCAGUGAAACAUCCAGCAUCCAGCAACUCACACCCACACCAGCUCCUGUUGCAAAUAACGAGCUUUUUCUUCAAAUACUAAAGCACGACAACAUUUACCUGAGUGCGCCUGAAGUAGGAGAACCUGAGCCGCAGUCUGUUGCUUUUUCAGGUGCUGCACCACCAGUGGAGCCCUCAACGUCAUCGUUCGUAGAUGAACCUAAAUCCGGCGAAUGCACUCCAUCAAUUGGCACUUCAAGUUGCGCUUCUCAGGACGGGCGCUCUUUGAGGAAACAGAACGAAAGUUCGUACAAAAAUUUGACUAAUCACAUUCUUCGACAGCUGAAACGGCUUUCGCGAGCAGGAUCCUUUCAGGGAUCAUCAAAAACAAUUCCGAACCCGUACGCUAGAGUGUACAUGAGCUCAGCAAACAAACGAAAGCCAAAUGAACUUGAAAACGGCUUUUCAGAAAUGUCAGCUCAAAGUGAUUCUUCGCAAAUUGAUGAAGCUGAUGAAGUCAAGUUUUCUGAAAGUUUUAAAUCUAAAGUCUGCAAGUCGCCACCAUCAACUUCAAAAGCUGCUACCAGUCACCAGGCCAGAAAGUACGAAAUUGUCUCUAGAGCCAAGCGAAAGCUUGACUUGGCAGCUGCUGAGGAGAUUUCGCAGUUCAACUCGGAUCAAAUCAAGAGCAGAUCUUUAUCCCUUUCACCGAGAAAGCUAAUUAAAAUGGAAGACCAAACUGAUAAAGAAGAUGAACCUAAGCGCGUUUACAACUUUCGAAAAUCAAUUUCAAAUGAUGUCCCGAAUGGCGACGAAGCAAGUUCUAAGCUGAUGACGCAGGACAGCAAUUCUAGCCAGAAAGAGAAUGGUCUUGAUCAAAACUACUCUCCAGCUAAUCGAGUAGGUCAACGAGAACUGACCAAACUGGGCUUGCUUUUUGAAAAGGGCAAACUGAAAGAGAAACAGUUUAAUGAUUUAAUGUACACCUACCGCAAUGGCAGUCAGGCGCGAAUGUUGCCAAAGUCGCUGCGAAGCAAUAGUGAAAAUGUAAAGACGAACAGCACCAACUUUCUAAGCACCGAGAUUAAGAACCGCUUCCGUCACCUGAACAACCUCAACGGCAGCCGGCGACUAACCUCCAACUGA